AUAUUUUUUUAUUUUUUAUUUUUAUUUCAUAUAAUCAAUGACAACAAUAACAAUAAUCUGACGAGAUCAGUUAGACUAGGGUUCCAGAUCCAACGGCCAGCAUCUCUUCAGCCUCUUCACUUACCCCUCUCUACCAUAACCGCCGCCACACACAAUCACUUCUCCCUCUCCGUCGUACUCACCACCACAAGCCGUCACCACCACCACCACCACCACCACCACCACCACCGCUACCUACCUCCCGUUCUAACCUCCACUCGCCGUCAACAGGUACGCGCCAAAACCACACAUACGUACAACGUAUCGAAAGUUUCACCUUUUUUCUAAUCGAUAACUGAUUCAGUUCUUCUCUCGAGAAAUUCGGAUCUCAUAUGACUCUAUAAUCGUGUUUUUGUUCGUUAAUUUUUGUUAAUUGUUCUUAAAAGUAUACAUAUAUGUGUAAUUUUUAGUAUUGUUGGAGAAUUAGGGUUAGGGUUUGAAUUGAUAUUGUUUACGGUAAAAUUGGUGAGAUAAUUGUUGAGAUAGUGACGAGAAUUAGGGUGAGAAAGGUGCCGGUGUCGAUGCCGUCGGUGGAGAUGAGGAGGACUACUAGGGUUUUUGGGGCUAGGGUUUUGAGGUCAGGGAGACGGUUGUUUCCUACUCAAGAGGUUGGAAAACAUAUGAGACGACCGCAGUUAGCUGCCGCGGAUGUCGAAGAGGAUUGGAUCGGGUUGCUUGAUCACAGCGGUGGCGGUUUUAAAGAAAACGUAUGGCAUAAUUCUGAUGAUGGAGUGUUGGAUAAGGAGGUUAAAUUAGGGGAAUCGAAGGAAAUCGAUUCGGUUAAGAGUCUUGAGUCGGAUGGUGAUUUUGUCACCGGAAGUAGACGGUGGGGAUUGGUUUAUUCCAGGAAACGGAAGCGAACCGAAUCAUCCGAUGAUUUAGAUAAAAAAUUUGGGAAAAAGUUUUUUAGGAAGCAGUCUGGAAAGAAGAUUGUUACGGAAGACUUGCCGCCACCGGAUAUUUCCGCCACAGAGCCUCGUUUAUCUGAGAAAUCUAAUUCUAGAAAGAAGAAGACGAGGGGGGUUUCGGCGUCUAGACGAAUGACUAGAAAUUCAUCGAGUUUGUCGUCAAGAAACAGUGUUACGAUCCACCGUGGCAUACAAAAAAGGCGAAGUUCGUUAAGGUCGAGAAAGCAAAGAAACCCUUCAAGUUUCGGAAAUUCGAACGCCGGUGGAGGUGUUAUGAAGGACGGUGAGCCGUUCUAUCCGAUGAAGUCAAACACCGAGAUUUCGAAGUCAAUUCGAAGAGUUAGUGUUAAAGACGUUAAAGAAUUAACACAAGAUAUUGAUUCCGCAAGUUGCAAUGCAAGUAUAUUAGUAAUAGAAUCGGACAGGUGUCAUAGAGAAACAGGAGCUGUUAUUACUAUGGAAACAUCGGGCCCGAAUCAUUGGUUUCUUGUAGUAAAACGAAACGGGGUUGAGCGUUUUCGCGUUGAAACUCGAAACGUAAUGAGACCGUGUUUUUGCAAUCGGGUCACUCACGCCAUAAUUUGGGCUGGUGGGGAUGAAAGUUGGAGACUUGAGUUUCCCAUCAGGCAAGAUUGGCUUAUUUUUAAGGAAUUAUACAAAGAAUGUUCCGAAAGAACCGUACGCGUGCAGGAUUGUUCAGCAAGUAUUAUACCCGUGCCUCAAGUGAACGAAGUAUUAGGUUAUGCAGAUGAAAAAUACGUUCCGUUUAAGAUGCCUGACUUGUACAUCAGAUCACGGGGUGACGAGGUUUCUAGAAUAUUGGAAAAGAGUGAUCCGGUUUAUGAAAUGGACUCUGAUGAUGAUGAGUGGUUAAAUAAGUAUAAUGAUGGACGUUCUUCACGGGUCGAUGAAGAUGCUUUUGAGAAAAUAAUUGAUGCUUUUGAAAGAGGGAUGUAUUGCAGUCCGGAUGAUUAUUCGGAUGUAACAAAGGCUGUUGAUCGGUGUUUGAUGCUGGCAUCAAAGGAUGUUUUGGAAGCUGUUUAUGGUUAUUGGAUGGCUAGAAGGAAGGCGAAGCGUUCUGCUCUUGUUCCGGCUUUUGAGCUCUACAAGCCAAAAAAACACGAGCAACUAAAUUUCAAAGCGGUUUUACGCAAGAAAAGAUCGUUUAGACAACGUGGGACCCAAUCUGGAAGAGGAAAGCAGAUAACCUUUUUGAAAGCAGCCUUGCAUGAAAAAACAAAAACCGAUGCAGCAGAAGCAGAGAACAUCACCGCGAAAGUACAAGAAACAAAAGAGGCGGCAAAUAGGGCGGAACAAGAGGCGAUAACUAAGCGGCACCGAGCUCAGCUGUUAAUGGAGGUUGCAGACUUAUUAACUUACAAAGCCUCCAUUGCGGUUAAAAUCGCUGAAGCCCUAGCGGCACCUGGAUCUGGAGCGGAUAAUGCGAUCGAUGAACUUUUUUUACCCGUGGGUAACGCGGGUUUUACUUGAUCUUUUGAUUUUGCCGGUUAAAAAGGUGGUUGGUUUUUAUAUGAGUUUUUUAGUUUUUGGAAGCUUUUGCAGGUUGUGCAUGAAAGCUAGUAGUAGUGUAAUUGCUGUACAGAACGUGAUUGCAUGUACAUUCUGCAUCAAUAGUAGUACCUUACAAAAACCAAAUGUUGUAAAAGUAGGGAUUUGGUUUAGUUUUCUUUUUAAAUAUUUUGGGAAAACAAUACUAAUGGGUUUAAACUUAA